CCCCAACACACCCGUGCGUCCUUUAAGCUGAGUCCACUGCUGUGAUUUCACACCAGAGUCCCGAUCUAGCCGUUGGAGAGACUGCGAGAUCCCAGCAAAGUUGACGGGGACACACACCAUGUCUCACUCUGGAGCUAAUGCCGUCAAAGGAUUCAACGAGGGUCGGGAGAGGGAGGACUACACGGGUCCCGUGAGGCAGGCGGGUUACAUAUCCACAGCCACCUCCCUCGUCAGGGCUGUGACGAGCGCAGGUUCAGAGUUGGGCCGGAGAUGUUGGGGUUCGGCUCCAGCCCCCCGUCCCUUCCGCGUGUGUAACCACGACCGGUCCCGGCGCAGCGGGGUCACCGCCGGCACCCUGCGGGAGCUCAUUGGCAAGGCUAUGGAUGCUGUGCUGGUGACUGGGCUGGUGUCGCUGGUCCUGGAUGAAGACGGCACGCUGGUGGACACUGAGGACUUCUUCCGGCACCUGGAGGACGACACCAGGCUGAUGGUCCUGGAGAAGGGUCAGAGUUGGAGGUCGACCCAUAGGGGGACCGUGUCGUACGCACUGACCCAGAAACCAAAGAACAGCAAGGACAUCGCCAGGAUCACGCUGGACAUCUACAAGCGGAAUCCCAGGGACCUCUUUGGUUCCCUCAAUGUCCGGGCCACCUUCUACGGCCUUUACUCCAUGACCUUUGACAUCAAGGGCCUGGGCCCAAAGAAGGUCAUCAGGGAGCUGCUGCGAGUGAUGGCCUCCAUGCUGCACGGUGUGGGACACAUCCUGGUCUCCGCCGCCUCCUUCAUGCGACGGAUUGUGGAAGGGGGAGACACAGCGAUGGGCUCCUUCGAAUGGCCGGCCCGCCCGUGACACGCCACAUGCAUGUACACAACACGCCAGCCCGCCCGUGACACGCCACACGCAUGUACACAACACGCCAGCCCGCCCGUGACACGCCACACACAUGUACACAACACGCACCCACCACCACCACCCACUUAGUUUUAGCUUAGUCCAGUGUAGUUCAGUGUAACAUGCACUGAGGUACAGUAAAUAUCUCGUGUUGCACACUAGCCAGUCAGCUGAAAGACAACACAUGAUUAUAAUCCAUCCGUUCGCUGUGUAUAGUUAUACAUAUAUGAUAUGGGAAUAACGUUUAGUGUAAAGUAAUGCCAGCAAAGUCCAAUCAAAGAUAAUCCGAGGGUCACCAAUGAGGUAGAUAGUAGACAAUAGACAACAGGUGUAGGAGGAGGCCAUUCGGCCCUUCGAGCCAUUCAAUGUGUGAUCAUCCCCAAUCAGUGCCCCGUUCCUGCCUUCUCCCCAUAUCCCCUGACUCCGCUAUCUCUAAGAGCCCUAUCUAGCUCUCUCUUGAAAGUAUCCAGAGAACCGGCCUCCACCGCCCUCUGUGAGGCAGAGAAUUCCACAGACUCACCACUCUCUGUGAGAAAAAGUGUUUCCUCGUCUCCGUUCUAAAUGGCCGACCCCUUAUUCUUAACCUGUGUGUGGCCCCUGGUUCUGGACUCCCCCAACAUCGGGAACAUGUUUCCUGCCUCUAGCGUGUCCAAGCCCUUAAUAAUCGUGUUUGUUUCAGUGAGAUGCCCUCUCAUCCUUCUAAACUCCAGAGUUUACAAGCCCAGCUGCUCCAUUCUCUCAGCACAUGACAGUCCCGCCAUCCCGGGAAUUAACCUUGUGAACCUUGUUCUUCGAAGGGUCUCGACCCGAAACGUCGCCCAUUUCCUUCGCUGGAGAAACUCAGCGGGUGCAGCAGCAUCUAUGGAGCGAAGGAAAAAGGCAACGUUUCGGGACGAAACUCAAAGGAAAUAGGUAACGUUU